AUGCAAUCACAAUGGAACAUCAAUCAGAGAUCUUCCGUGUUGUUGUUGCCGUUGUCGUUGCAAGCAUCCUCGUCCUCGAGCAUUAUCCACCACCAAUGGAAGGAUGACAUUUGUCGUCGUCAGCUGACUACCACGCCACCGCCACCGCCAACAGAGCCUGACAAUCGUCCCGACACAGCCAUGGUGUCAUCAUUUGUGGGUCAUAACUUUCCAGACUUUAUUGAACAUUGGUCACGAGAUGCCUUUUACAAAGUCGGAUAUGGAUUGGGUGCCAGCACGGGUGGUUUGGCCAUGCUUUGCGUAGUAUUUGGUCCAACAACAACCUUUGUCAUUCCGACUGCCAUUCUUGGACUUACGACGGCGGCCUAUUGGAAACGGGGAAAGGACGACAUGGCACAGACCAGUCAUGCCAUUCGACGAAAUUAUCCAGUGCUUGGGAAUGUCCGGUACAUGCUCGAAACGGUCCGACCCGAGAUUCGACAAUACCUGGUCGAAUCGGAUGUGGAUGGCAAACCCUACGAACGAAACCGUCGUUCCAUCAUUUAUCAACGAGCCAAGAAUGUGGACGAUACCAUGGCGUUUGGGACAAGAAGAGAUGUCUAUGCCACCAACUACGAAUGGGCGUGCCAUAGCAUGUGGCCCAAGAGUAUCGCAGCGGAAUCCGACGCCACACGAUGUACCAUUGGAACGGCGAGUUUUGGAACAACACAACCAUACUCGGCCAGCGUAUUGAAUAUCUCGGCCAUGAGUUAUGGGGCCAUUAGUGACAAUGCCAUCUUGGCGUUGAGUCGGGGGGCCAAAUUGGGUGGAUUCUAUCACAACACGGGAGAAGGUGGUGUCUCCAAGUCCCACAAGGAAGGAGGUGGUGAUAUUGUCUGGAAUGUUGGAACUGGUUACUUUGGAUGUGGAAUCACGGACCCCGCAACGGGAAGGCGAGUCUUUGACGCGGACAUCUUCCAAGAGACCAUUCGCGAAGCCAUGGGACAAAUCAAGAUGGUGGAAAUCAAAUUAUCCCAAGGUGCCAAGCCCGGACAUGGUGGCAUCUUGCCCAAGGCAAAGAUUACUCCAGCCAUUGCGGAGGCUCGGAAACUAGAAUAUCCAGCAAAAGGCGAUUGUCACAGUCCUCCAGGUCAUUCGGCCUUUGAUUCCCCCGAAGCAUUGGUGAAAUUCAUCAUUCAAUUGCGGGAACUCAGUGGUGGUUUGCCCGUUGGAAUCAAAAUGUGCGUGGGAGAGCCAUCCGAAGUGGCAGCCUUGGUCAAGACCAUGGUCCUAUUGCAAAAUGGUCCCGACUUUAUUUCAGUGGAUGGUGGAGAAGGAGGAACCGGUGCGGCUCCACCCGAGUAUAGCGAUAGCAUUGGAUUGCCAUUGGAAGAAGGACUUGCGGUCGUGCGCAACCUGUUGGUAGGUGCGGACAUGAAAGACAAGGUCAAACUCAACUGUUCCGGACGCGUUACCAAUGGAUUUUCCGUCGUUCGCAUGGUAGCAUUAGGUGCGGAUAUCACCUGUGCCGCACGAGCAUUCAUGAUGAGUUUGGGUUGCAUUCAAGCCUUGAAGUGCAAUACUAAUAGAUGUCCAACGGGGAUUGCUACCCAGGACAAGGAAUUACAGUACGGAUUGGAUCCAUUGGAAAAGACCAAUCGGGUCUAUCACUAUCAUCGCAAGACGGUCCUUUCGGCAUCGGAGAUUGUCGGAACGAUUGGUCGUGAAUCGUUUGAUGAAAUAUCGAGUGGAGACAUUAUGCGACGAGUCCGACAGGGCAAGGUACAAACCUUGUCGGAAUACUUACCAGAAGUGGAAACAGGUUGCCUGUUGAAUGGCUCGGGGCCUGAGCGGUUACAAGAAGUGUGGGAUUCGGUAGACGGGGGUGCUGACUCGACUGCUGUGGUUGGUGCUGUGAUGGAUAUUAGGAGGACUAGCACUACCAAAAGAUGGAUCUAUUAG